CCGUCUAACGAUAAGAAAACAAGUAUUCGCAAGACAAAAACGCUGAAUUUAUCUAUGGCUGGUUAUAUGCUGUAAAUGUAUUCCAAGUCCGGGGCAACCGAAGUGAAGAUGUGUUUACGUGAUUGAUAUACAAGCGGUAUGGGUGACUCAACAAGCUGUCGAAUGGCACUGAGUGAACCGUCGGAUGCGAGUCACUUUCGGUUUAACUUUUGGGGUGCCAGCAUCGUUCCAUCGCCAUGGUUGUUGUAAUGCACGUGACUCCGCCAAAAGUCAAUGGAUGGACCCCACUUCUGAUGCUCAUCUGUCUGACCGUAACGUUGGGCACCACCAUUCCAGUUGGCUAUUUCUUCGGGGUUCUCAAUUCCCCGGCCGAGAUCAUCAAGAAGUGGUGCCAGGACAUAUUGGCAAACGAAUACGACACCAUCGUCACUGCCAGCCAGCUAGAUAUACUAUGGACAAGCAUUGUGUCCAUCUACCUGAUUGGAGGCAUCUGCGGAUCCUGCUUCAGCGCUGUGCUUUGUGAUAAAUACGGCCGUAAGGGAUGCCUAGUGAUCAGUAGCGUGCUCCUCAUCGUUUCCGGCAUCCUGUUCACCUGGUGUCGAGCAGCCAAAUCGCUGGAAAUGCUGAUGACUGGCCGCUUUCUAGGCGGCAUUGCCUCCGCUCUGAUCUUCACCGCUCAGCCCAUGUAUCUACUGGAGUCCGCUCCAUCGGAGCUCAGUGGCAGCGUCGGAGUGUUCACCUGCAUCGGUGUAACUGGUGGUAUCCUGCUCGCCCAGGUGGCCACUCUGUCCCACUUGCUGGGGAGCGAGCGACUGUGGCCUUAUGCCUUGAGUUUCUACUCCCUUUUGGUGAUGGCAUCUUUGGUCCUUCUUUGGUGGUUUCCGGAGAGUCCGCGGUGGCUCUACCUGCACAAGCGGGAUUCGGCCGCCAGUGAGAAAGCUUUGCUCCGAUUGCGUGGAAGAAAUGCAGAGGAGGAGGUGCAGCAAGAACUUUUUGAGAUGAAGGCCACUCUGGAGGCCAAGUCCAGCUCCGAAGCAAGUUCUUUGUGCACGGUUUUAAGGAAUAGUGAGCUGUGGCUACCACUCCUGCUAGUCUGUUCCUUCCAGGCCACCCAACAACUAAGUGGCAUCAAUGCUAUAUUCUUCUACUCGCUCUCCAUUUUAACUAAAGCUGGUUUCUCUGACGGAGCAGCCACAUGGUUAAAUCUGGGAAUCGGAAUCUACAAUCUGUGCACUUCCCUUCUGGGACCACUACUAAUUCGCAGGUUUCCGCGUCGUCCGCUAAUGAUGAUUUCCUGCUCCAUGUGUGCUCUGGCCCUGCUUGCCAUGUCCUUGGGGCUCUUCUUCUUGGAGAGAUCAGAGAGCACGGUCCUCACCUACUUCUGUGCCGCCUUCAUUCUAACUCUCAUCCUCGGUUUCCAGCUGGGUCUGGGACCAAUUGCUUACUUCAUUGGCUCAGAGCUCCUCGAGGAUUCGCCUCGUCCCGUGGCCAUGUCCAUGGGCAGCCUUUUCUCGUGGAUCGGAAGCUUCCUUGUGGGCAUGUGCUUUCCAUUGCUGCAGAGUGUCUGGAGCUCCUUUGCCUUCAUUCCGUGCAUGUGCGUGUGCAUAUACUGCCUUCUGCUCACCUGGCGUUACCUGCCAGAGACACGUGGCCGGGAGCCAAAGGAUGUGAAGCUGCUUAUGAGCCAGGGGCUUUCCUCCAAACGGAGCUAGAGUGGCAUUAAUUUUUAUAUUGAAAAUAAAACAAGCUGGGCUUUCUUGAAAAAUUAA